CACUGGUGGCGGCGCAGCCCGUGCUCCUGGAGAGCCUCUGGAGCCGGCCCUGAUCUUUCACCCAAGUCCGGCCAGGGCUGUCUGUGGCUGUUAGGGACAGCAGCAAAGAAGGAAGGACGGUCUUCUCGGCUGUGGAUGUUCCGCCCGGGAAAGACAGCAAGUUGUGUAUGCGCCCCGGCCCGGGAAGAGAAGGUGGCCGCCGCCCGCCAGCCACGGAUUAUCACCCUUACUACAGAGGAUGUGAAGUUGAGGCCCAGUGAGAGUGAAGAUCCAUUCUGUUCAUAGACACUCCCCCCAUUACAGAACUGUGGAUUACCUGAGGUCCCAGUCCUUGGUGGUUUCACAUCUUCACUUACUCUUACAGCCCCAGAACAGUUACUUUAGGUCCUCAUUGCCCUAUCUGGAGAAAGAUGGCAUCCAGCCUGACGUGUACCGGGGUGAUCUGGGCUUUGCUCUCAUUUCUUUCUGCUGCUACCUCCUGCGUGGGGUUCUUUAUGCCUUACUGGCUCUGGGGAUCCCAACUGGGCAAGCCUGUGUCCUUUGGUACUUUCCGGAGGUGCUCAUAUCCUGUACACGAUGAGAAUCGGCAGAUGAUGGUGAUGGUGGAAGAAUGUGGGCGCUAUGCCUCUUUCCAGGGCAUCCCCAGUGCAGAAUGGAGGAUCUGUACCAUCGUGACAGGCCUGGGUUGUGGCCUUCUCCUCCUGGUGGCUCUCACUGCUCUCAUGGGUUGCUGUGUGUCUGAGCUCAUCUCCAGGACAGUGGGAAGAGUCGCUGGAGGAAUUCAGUUUCUGGGGGGCUUGUUGAUUGGUGCUGGCUGCGCCCUCUACCCCUUGGGCUGGGACAGUGAGGAAGUUCGGCAGACUUGUGGCUACAUAUCUGGCCAGUUUGACCUGGGUAAGUGUGAAAUUGGCUGGGCCUUCUACUGCACAGGAGCAGGUGCUGCCACCGCCAUGCUUCUGUGCACAUGGCUGGCUUGCUUCUCUGGCAAGAAACAGAAGCAGUACCCAUACUGACAUGGAGCCACCAAGAAUAAAGAGAGGAGAAGAUGGGCUGAAGGGGCUUGGAGGUACUGAAACAUCCAGCUACUUUCAAAAGGUGGAAAAUGGUUCUAAUUUAUGCAAUACUAAUAAAAUGAAAUCCAAUGGAAUCAGAAACAUUAUAUAAUGUGGAAGAGUUGUGCCAGAUUUACAAAGGAAAUGAGAGUAUGGAAUGAUAGAAAGAAAAAAAUGGACCAAAGGCUAAAAAUAUUGUAGGGGUAUUAGUUGUUUCUAUUCCACAGAGUAUUGUAAUGUAGAACAUAUAUACAGGCAAAACAAUUCUAUAUAUGCAAACAGGGGUUUGGGAUUUUUUUUAAAGAUAAGAACUCAGAUAAUCAAAAGGGCUAGUAGGAACAGUACGAUGUUUAGAAGCAGGGUAACCCGCAGAUGUUCCCUGUAGGUCAUGGAGCUUCUGAGAGCACACGAGCACAGAGACAUAUGCAUUCACACACAUACCCAUGCACAAACAUAUAAAUUGUCGCAAAGACUGUGCAAGAGGUUUAGUUGUGCAUUACUCCUCUGUUUUCUUUUUAUUAUACAUUUAAAAUACUGUAUUGUCACUUUAUAAAGCAUACAUUAAACAUUAAACCAUACAUGAACCAGUAAGCCACUCCAUCAGUAUUUUGUAUAUUCUGCAUAAACUCUUUAUACCUUCAAUAUGUUUUGUGCAGUGUUUAUGCAAACCUUUACAGUUAAGCUUUUGUAUUUCAAUAUUAUUAAAAAAUAUACUAUAUUUCUCUGAAUAGCUUCUGCUACGAUAUACUUAUGAAGUAAAUGGGCAUGUUUCUGUUCAUUUUUCAGUCAUUAGAUCUUGUUUUCUUUUGUCCAUUGUUAUACUGUGCUGUACCACAUUUAUUUCAGUAUUCAUUUUGUAAAAACAAAACAAAACA